UGUCGCCGCCCAUUUCCAGUCAGGAAUCCAUAGCGCUGGUGGCUCGCGGCCUUUCUGGGCGCUCCAGCACCGGCCAUGUUUGCGCUCCGAAGCAGCCUGAGGAAGGCGUUCUCCGCGCGGACGCUGACGCCCCAGGUGUGUUCAUCUUUUGCCACAGGUCCCAGACAAACGGAUGGAACAUUCUAUGAAUUUCGUACCUAUUAUUUUAAGUCCUCAAAGAUGAAUGAGUUCCUGGAAAAUUUGAAGAAAAAUGUUCACCUUCGAACAGCUCACUCUGAAUUGGUUGGCUUUUGGAGUGUAGAAUUUGGUGGCAGAAUAAAUAAAGUAUUUCAUAUUUGGAAGUAUGAUAACUUUGCUCAUCGAACUGAAGUCCGGAAAGCAUUGGCCAAAGAUAAAGAAUGGCAAGAACAAUUCCUCAUUCCAAAUUUGCCUCUCCUGGAAAAACAAGAGAGUGAAAUUACUUAUCUGGUACCAUGGUGUAAACUAGAAAAACCUCCAAAAGAAGGAGUCUAUGAAUUGGCUACUUUUCAGAUGAAACCAGGUGGCCCAGCUCUGUGGGGUGAUGCGUUUAAAAGGGCAGUUAAUGCCCAUGUUGCUUUGGGAUACACAAAACUAGUAGGUGUUUUCCACACAGAGUAUGGAGCACUCAACAGAGUUCAUGUUCUUUGGCAGAACGAAAGCACGGACAGCCGUGCUGCUGGGAGACAUCAGUCCCAUGAAGACCCCAGAGUUGUGGCAGCUGUUCGGGAAAGUGUCAACUACCUAGUGUCUCAGCAGAACAUGCUUCUAAUUCCAACGUCAUUUUCACCGUUGAAAUAGUUUUCUAAAACAUUAACUACUUCAUUCAGUAAUGUGAGAUGCAUGUACUAAUGGUGCUUAAUAUCUGCCAAGAGAUUCUAACUUUGAUUUGAAGAAAGUGGUAGGCUAAUCUUUUAUCCCCACCUCUUCAGGGAAUAGUUCUGUUCAUUUUCUCCAUGGCAUUUCAGUAUCUGUUAUUUCUUGGAAAUUAUUGUCACUACUUUGUGAUCUUGUCAUCUUUUAUUCAUUUCAGAGUAUCUGUGAAUUUUGAUAAUGUUUUGCUUUACAUUAUGUCCUUAUAUUCAAUUAUUUUCCAUGUCCCUGCUUGACAAUACUGUUAACCUAGUCAUUCCUAAUGUCUACUUUUUCAUCCUGUUUCUUCUAACAUUUAAAAUUAUUUUUCAGUAAAAUGUAUAUGUGACAUUAAAAGAGAUUACAAAAUAUUA